UCUUGAUUACAGGCAUUGCUUUCAUCUCAGCACACCGCAGAGCAAGCGAUGCCCUUCUCACCUUUUUUUUAUUUCCCUUCUAUUCCUCUGUUACGUACGCCCCCCUUCUUCUUCCUUAUCUUUCCCCUAGCCCUAACCUCUUUCUCCAAGCUCACCCAUUUAUAUUUCUCCUACCCCUCAGCCCCAAUGAACGAUCCCCUUGAUCAUCUAUCCAACCUCGAAAAGGCCUACGAUCCCUCCUCACCCCUCUACAAGUUCACGCACACCUUUCACAACCUGUCAGACCCCUCGGGCACGACCUAUCCCAUUGAACUGAAAGGCUACGACGAUCUAAUAAUGCGCAACAAGCAUCAGAAAGCGGUCAUACAGAAGAUGAACGGUGCUCUACUGGCCAUGUCACAGCGUAUCGAUAGUUUGACUGGUAAAUCGAUGAUCAUCAAUCAGAAGAUGGGUGUGCUGGUCAAGAUGAUAAGAACGAUGAGGGGAUUUGGGAUUGAAGGAAAACUGGUGUUUGGACGGAUGGGAGGCGAGAGAAUGGAGUGUGGAGAGGAUGGAGUGAGGUGUUUGAGGAUGAUGAGAAGGGUUUUGUGCAAUUUGAGCGAGAGCGUGAAGAAGGAGAUCGGUAAAUAGGAGGGUGCGAAAGGAAUGGGGUGAUGGUACGUGUAGAAUUGUGAUGGAGAAGGGGUGUGAGCUGCUGAUGAUGAGCAUUUGAGGGUAGAACACGCGUGUUGGAGAACGAGGUGUGUUUACGGACUGAUAAAGGAAAAGUAGUGGAGCCUUAUAAAUUAAGGUGUGGUGCAAGAGCAGUAGAAAUGCGAUAUACUAUUUAUCGGUAAUGUGCAAGGAAAUUAACAGAAAUUAAAAGCGUUUGG